AGCGCCUCUCCCCCGCCCCGCCGACAACGCGCACGCGCACGCGCACGCGAGCGCGCGAUCCCUCCCGGAUCACUCCCACAUCUGCAGCCUCCGCCAACACUUCUGUCCUUCCAUCCUCUCCAAAUAGCCAUCAUGGUGUCCCAUAAGGAGUUUGCAAGUGCAGGGAAGCAGCCCGGCCUUCAGGUGUGGCGCAUCGAGAACUUGGACCUGAAGCCCGUUCCGAAGGCUCUGCAUGGAAACUUCUACAGCGGAGAUGCCUACUUGCUGCUUUUCACCACCUCGGCGCCCGCAUACAACAUACACAUGUGGCUGGGUGAUGAGUGCUCCCAGGACGAGAGCGGCGCGGCAGCCAUCUUCGCCACUCAACUGGACGACUUCCUGGGUGGCGGGCCAGUGCAGUUCCGCGAGGUGCAGAACAGCGAGUCCAACACCUUCCUGGGCUACUUCAAAAUGGGCGUCACAUACAAGAAAGGUGGCGUGGCAUCUGGUUUUCAACACGUCGUGACCAAUGACGUGAACGUGAAACGACUGCUUCACGUCAAAGGUCGCAGGGCCAUCAGAGCCACUGAGGUGGAAUUGGCCUGGGCCAGCUUCAACAAGGGGGACUGCUUCAUUAUCGACCUGGGAAAGGAAAUCUACCAGUGGUGCGGCAGCGAGUGUAACCGCUUCGAGAAGCUGAAGGCCUCCCACGUGGCCAUACACAUCCGAGACAACGAGAGGAACGGCCGAGCCAAGCUGCACAUGGUGGAUGAGGGCCAAGAGUCACAGGAGAUCACAGAGGUGUUGGGACUCAAAACUACCAUUGCACCAAGCACUCCUGAUGAUGAGAAAGUGGAAGCCUCCAAUAGGAAGAAGGGUUCCCUCUACAUGAUCUCUGAUGCCUCAGGUUCCAUGAAGUUGUCUGUGGUGGCACCAUCCAGCCCCUUUAAACAGGCCAUGCUGUCUCCUGAGGAGUGUUACAUUCUGGAUAAUGGAGUAGACAAGAACAUAUUUGUUUGGAAAGGUCCAAAAGCCAACAUGUCAGAGCGUAAAGCCGCCAUGUCUGCAGGCCAAAGGUUCAUUAAAGACAAAGGAUACAGCAACAAGUGUCAGCUCCAAGUACUUCCAGCAGGAGCUGAGACCAUCUUGUUCAAGCAGUUCUUCAGUGACUGGAAGGACAAAGACGAGACCACCGGGCCAUGUCAGGCCUACACUAUUGGCCGAAUUGCUAAAGUGGACCAGGUGCCCUUUGACGCGUCCAGCCUGCACUCCAAUAAAGCCAUGGCAGCUCAGCAUGGCAUGGUAGACGAUGGCAAGGGCAAGUUCCAGAUUUGGCGUGCUGAGAAUGGUGAAAUGGUUCCUGUGGAUCCCGCAUCCUAUGGUCACUUCUAUGGUGGAGACUGUUACCUCAUCCUUUACACCUACAAGACGGGACAAAUCAUAUACACUUGGCAGGGGCUGAAGGCUACACAGGACGAACUGGCUGCUUCAGCGUUCCUCACUGUUAAGUUGGAUGACUCAAUGGGAGGAUCACCGGUUCAGGUGAGGGUGACUCAGGGCCAGGAGCCCCCCCACCUGAUGAGUCUGUUCAAGGGCAAACCCAUGAUCAUCCACAGCGGAGGAACGUCACGUAAAGGUGGACAGACUCAAACCAGCAGCACUCGCCUCUUCCACAUCCGGCAGAGCACCUCCCAUGCUACCAGGGCUGUGGAGGUUGACGUUUCCGCUUCCAACCUGAACACCAACGACGUGUUUGUACUGAAGUCGCCAAGCGGUCUGUUUGUGUGGCGAGGCGUGGGUGCCAGCGCCGACGAGAUGGAAGCCGCUAAGCACGUGGUGGACUUCCUCGGAGGAAGUGCCAGCCAUGUUUCCGAGGGAAAAGAGCCAGCUGCAUUCUGGUCCACCCUCGGUGGCAAGAAGGAAUACCAGACGUCCAAGACUCUGCAGAACGUGAUCAAGCCUCCGCGUCUGUUUGGCUGCUCCAACAAAAGUGGAAGACUCAUUGUUGAAGAAGUGCCAGGAGAUUUUACUCAGUCUGACCUGGCCACUGAUGAUGUCAUGAUUCUGGACACUUGGAGCCAACUCUUCCUUUGGAUUGGCAAUGAAGCUAAUGCACAGGAAAGGACUGGAGCUCCCAAAUUAGCAAGGGACUAUCUGGAUUCAGACCCGUCCGGCCGCAAGGGGCUGCCCAUCACUACCAUCAAACAAGGAGCAGAACCGCCGAUUUUCACCGGCUGGUUCCAUGCUUGGGACCCCAAGAUGUGGGAGACGGAUCCGUUGGAAAGAAUCCGCGCUCGCUUCUGAACACCAAACCCCAAAGUCUUUGGCCGGUUUUGCACCUAUUUAGCUCCAGUUUCCGUUUUGGUUGUUCUUACCUCUAAUUCCUAAGUGCCAAAACCAAAACUGUAAUCAGGUUUAAAGGUGAGGGAGCGGUGAAGUAUUGUAGAAAAUAAUGCUUUCCCUCUUUAUUUGAUGUUAUAAUUGGUCGAAAUAAUUGGCUUAUUUAUCUUUUGCAUCAACAACUCGUCAUCUUCAUUUUGCCACCUUCUCUCGUUAAAAAAAAACUGAAAGACGGCUGUGUUCAUCUAAUAUAUCAUCAAUCUUUGUACCACCGCCAUACAGACCAUUUAAUCCAUUGCCUCAUUGUUUCUAUGUUGUGUUAUUGUUUUUAGUACUAGAUUGUUGCACUUACUAGAGGUUGCAUGCUCCAUUUUUAACCUGAUGUGAAACAUGUCUUAAGUUUAUGCAUGCACACAAUUUAGCACUGUAUCCAUGAAAUGCUGUCAUGGGUGGCUUUGAAAUAAAACUCUUUGGAGUUGAAA